AUGCAAAACUCUCAAGACCGUUUUUACGCUCAACGUCGCUCCCAAGAACAAGCACCUUCCACCUUGCGUACCGUGACUAUGGCGGAAUUCAGAAGAGUGCCCUUGCCACCCAUGGCUGAGGCCCCUAUGUUGUCUUCUCAGAGCUCCACGAGUAGCUCCGCUUCUGCUUCUGCCUCCUCGCUGGAAAUGUGGGAAAAGGAUUUGGAAGAAAGACUUAACUCCAUCGACCAUGACAUGAACAACAACAAGUUUGGGUCCGGUGAACUCAAGUCUAUGUUCAAUCAGGGUAAGGUCGAAGAAAUGGACUUUUAA